AUCUCGAACCACUGACUUUGGAUCUCAGAAUCCCACACACUCACUCCCUUUUCUUCCGAUUUCAUUUCCUCCUACUCUCGUCUCUGUUCUUCAGAGGGGAAUUUGGUGUGAAAGAUGCCGAACCGGAAUGUCGAGAAGAUGGCAUCGAUUGAUGCGCAGCUUCGGCUUUUAGCACCAGCUAGAGUGAGUGAUGAUGAUAAAUUGGUGGAGUAUGAUGCGUUGUUGCUGGAUCGGUUCCUUGAUAUUCUUCAGGAUUUGCACGGGGAGGAUCUGAAGGAAACUGUGCAAGAAUGUUAUGAACUUUCUGCUGAAUAUGAAGGGAAACACGAUCCGAAGAAACUCGAGGAGCUCGGAAAUGUGCUGACUAGUUUAGAUCCAGGGGACUCUAUUGUCAUUGCCAAAUCUUUUUCCCAUAUGCUUAAUUUGGCUAACUUGGCCGAGGAGGUUCAGAUUGCUUAUCGUCGAAGGAUCAAACUGAAGAAGGGAGUUUUUGCUGAUGAGAACUCUGCAACCACGGAAUCUGACAUCGAAGAAACUCUGAAGAAGCUUGUGGGGAAACUGAACAAGUCCCCUCAAGAAGUUUUCGAUGCCUUGAAGAACCAGACUAUAGAUUUGGUCUUAACUGCUCAUCCGACUCAAUCAGUUCGUAGAUCUUUGCUUCAGAAGCAUGCAAGGAUACGGGACUGUUUAGUUCAGUUGUACGCCAAAGACAUUACUCCCGAUGACAAGCAAGAACUUGAUGAGGCACUUCAGAGAGAGAUUCAAGCUGCAUUUCGUACUGAUGAAAUCCGUAGAACUCCUCCUACACCACAAGAUGAAAUGAGGGCAGGAAUGAGCUACUUCCACGAGACAAUUUGGAAGGGUGUUCCUAAAUUUCUGCGCCGUGUUGAUACUGCUUUAAAAAACAUAGGGAUCGAUGAACGUGUUCCUUAUAAUGCACCACUAAUUCAGUUUUCAUCUUGGAUGGGUGGUGACCGUGAUGGUAAUCCCAGGGUGACACCGGAGGUUACAAGGGACGUCUGUCUUCUUGCUAGAAUGAUGGCUGCUAAUCUGUACUACUCACAGAUUGAGGAUCUCAUGUUUGAGUUGUCUAUGUGGCGUUGCAGUAGUGAGCUUCGUGAGCGUGCAGACGUGCUUCAUAAUUCAUCAAGGAGAGAUGCAAAACACUACAUAGAAUUUUGGAAGCAAGUUCCUGCCAAUGAACCCUACCGAGUGAUUCUUGGCGACGUAAGGGACAAGCUUUAUCAGACGCGUGAGCGUUCUCGCCAUUUGUUAGCUAAUGGAUAUUCGGACAUCCCAGAGGAUGCGACUUUUACAAAUGUUGAGCAGUUCUUGGAACCUCUUGAACUAUGCUACAGAUCCCUCUGUGCUUGUGGUGAUCGACCGAUUGCUGAUGGCACCCUUCUUGAUUUUUUGAGGCAAGUGUCCACUUUUGGCUUGUCACUUGUAAGACUUGACAUCAGGCAGGAGUCGGAUCGUCACACUGACGUUUUGGAAGCCAUUACUCAGCAUUUGGAUAUUGGUUCCUACAAAGAAUGGUCCGAGAAACAGCGACAAGAAUGGCUUCUAUCGGAACUUAGUGGCAAACGUCCUCUUUUUGGUCCUGAUCUUCCUACAACUGAAGAAAUAUCUGAUGUUUUGAACACGUUCCAUGUCAUAGCGGAACUUCCUUCUGAUAACUUCGGUGCAUAUAUCAUUUCCAUGGCCACUGCUCCGUCUGAUGUUUUAGCAGUUGAGCUAUUGCAGCGUGAGUGCCAUGUUACGCAACCGUUGAGAGUUGUUCCCCUGUUCGAGAAGCUUGCAGAUUUGGAGGCUGCACCAGCAGCCCUUGCUCGCCUCUUCUCGAUAGAUUGGUACAAAGACCGGAUUAACGGAAAGCAAGAAGUCAUGAUCGGCUACUCGGAUUCUGGUAAAGAUGCUGGACGGUUCUCUGCGGCCUGGCAGUUGUACAAGGCUCAAGAGGAGCUUAUAAAGGUUGCAAAGCAAUAUGGUGUGAAGCUAACUAUGUUUCACGGUCGGGGUGGCACCGUUGGAAGAGGAGGUGGACCUACUCAUCUUGCUAUUUUGUCCCAACCACCCGAGACAAUUCAUGGUUCGCUCCGUGUAACAGUACAGGGGGAAGUUAUUGAGCAGUCCUUUGGAGAGGAGCACUUGUGUUUUCGAACACUCCAACGUUUCACUGCUGCAACGCUUGAGCACGGAAUGCACCCUCCAGUUUCACCAAAACCUGAAUGGCGUACACUGAUGGACGAAAUGGCUGUUGUUGCAACAGAAGAAUACCGUUCCAUCGUCUUCCAAGAACCACGAUUUGUCGAAUAUUUCCGCCUUGCAACACCUGAGCUCGAGUAUGGUAGGAUGAAUAUUGGAAGCCGUCCAUCAAAACGAAAGCCAAGCGGGGGUAUCGAGUCACUUCGUGCAAUCCCAUGGAUCUUUGCAUGGACACAGACGCGAUUUCAUCUUCCAGUUUGGUUAGGCUUUGGAGCAGCAUUCAAGCAUAUUAUUCAGAAAGAUGUUAAGAACCUUCAAAUGUUGCAGGAGAUGUACAACGAAUGGCCCUUCUUUAGGGUCACCAUUGAUUUGGUCGAAAUGGUGUUCGCUAAAGGAGACCCUGGCAUCGCAGCGUUGUACGACAAGCUCCUAGUUUCGGAGGACCUCUGGCCAUUCGGACAGCGCUUGAGAGCCAACUAUGAAGAAACAAAGAGCCUUCUACUGCAGAUUGCUGGACACAAAGAUCUUCUUGAAGGGGAUCCUUACUUGAAGCAAAGACUCCGUCUCCGUGAUUCAUACAUCACGACUCUGAACGCUUGCCAAGCAUACACGCUGAAACGAAUCCGUGAUCCGAACUACCAUGUGACAGUGCGUCCACACAUUUCAAGGGAAAUAAUGGAAGCAAGCAAAUCAGCAGACGAACUGGUGAAGCUGAACCCGAAGAGCGAGUACGCACCUGGGCUAGAGGACACUCUGAUCUUGACCAUGAAGGGUAUUGCUGCUGGAAUGCAGAACACUGGUUAAGCUAAACAGGAGGAGAGCAGCAUGAAGGGUAUGCUGCUGCUCAUAAGUUGUUUGUUUUUGCUGGUUUCGUGCAAGAUAAAAGUGUUGGCAUGAAAGAAAAAGGCUCAUAAUUAUGCAAUCAGAAGUGGAUGUUGUUUAAGUUAAUCCAGCUUUUGGUGAGGAGUUGUUGAGUGACUGUGACCGAGUGCUUUGCUGCUGCAUGAUCAACACUACUGUGGCCCAAAUAGUAGAGUGGCACAGUGGAUUAUGUUGUUGCCUUGCAAGGCGUUUGAAGUUUAAAUAAUUGCAUUAAUGCUGAAGCAGUCCUUUUGUGAUCCUUUUUUCUUA